UCCAAGCUCUUGCGAAGGCUCGUCGAGAGUGAAGGAGAGGAGAUGGCUCGAACCAAGCAAACUGCUCGUAAGUCUACUGGAGGGAAGGCCCCUAGGAAAUUGCUUGCCACUAAGGCUGCUCGCAAGUCCCUCCCCACCGCAGGAGGAUUGAAGAGGCCCCACCGCUUCCGGCCUGGAACUGUUGCUUUGCGUGAGAUUCGCAAGUACCAGAAGAGCACCGAUCUUUUGCUCAGGAAGCUGCCAUUCCAGAGGCUUGUCAGGGAAAUUGCUCAGGACUUCAAGAGUGAGGUGCGAUUCCAGAGCCAUGCAGUGCUUGCAUUGCAGGAGGCGGCAGAGGCAUUCCUUGUGGGGCUGUUCGAGGACGCUAAUCUUUGUGCCAUUCAUGCCAAGCGCGUCACGAUCAUGAGCAAGGACAUUCAGCUGGCCAGGAGGAUUCGUGGUGAGAGGGCUUGAGCUUUUUGCUGAUGAUGCCCCCAAAUAUCCCCUUUUUUUUUUUUUAGAUGAAGAUGAUGGGAUCAAAUUUGUCUAGUACCAGAAAUUUGUAUUUCUGGAACAAUUGGAAAAAUAUUGCUAUGGUGAAACCUUGCUGCAACUGCAUUUUUAGCCCGACAUCUUACGGCAAUCGCUUUCAUGCAUGGCCUGACUUAUUUCUUAUAAAGAACGCCUGACUGUUAUUGGUUUGGUAUUGAUAGCGGUAAACUUGGUACGUGAUGCUGGCGGGUAGAUUUUUUAGCUACAAUAUGUGGUUGAAUACUGGUAUUUGGUGUAUGGAUGAUCAUCUUCUGGUGAAAAAUAAGCUGUUAGCAUAUCCAUUUCCCAGUGGGUCUUCUACAGCAUUAUUAAUUGGAUAGGCUCUAUUUUUCGUUUUUAGGUUACUUGUUUGCCAUGCAUAAAUACGUAUAUACCCACACGUACGUACGUAUGUAUAACCAUAUCUAUAAAGAUGUAUGUAUCCUGCCGUAUAUUUUUAGGCUGUCAGCAACCUCCCGUUUCGUCUAAAAUUUGUUAUCUUGCAUGGGAGAUGUUUUCUACAUGACUUGUGCUGGUGUAUCAUCAAUUCUUAUUAGAGAAUAUAUGAGGCUGGUUCACGUCGCCAUGGGAGAUUUUAGGUUGCAUGGGGCAGGUAUUGGUGCUCAACAUCAAGAUACAUGGAUUCAUUGAGAUUAUUUGAGCCCUUCCAGGUUGAGGGUGAUUUUAGCAGGUACAGGUAUUUCGGGUGCGCUUUGUUGAUGAAUUGGAGAACUGACAUAAAGUUUGUGUCCGAGUUUCUCACAAAAAAUAUCAAUAAAAAGCUAUGAGCAAUCAUUAAUCAGAUUUGCAUAUGAAAAGGUCAUCCUUGCUGGCACAAUGCAUAAGGAUUCACGGCAGUAAUAAUAUCAUGUAUUUUU